GGUUGUAUCCUUUGAACGAGUUGCAUUGAUUGGCUGAAAAGCCCAUUUAGAGGAAGAGUAUGUAGAUUUCAUUGGCUAAUUUGCCGACCAAGUUCACAGCGCGACAGAAGUAAUUUUAGAAUUUCGACACAUGGGCACCACCGCGUCAAAGCAGCUCUUCGACGCCGCGGCAAGCAAUGACGUCGUCAAGUUGAGAGCCUUGGUCAACGGUGGAAUCGAUAUCAACAUGCCCCUCGGACCGGAUGAAGUGACAGUGUUGCAUGCUGCGGCGGAGAAAGGGCAUCGACGAACUGUGGACUUCUUGCUGGAGAAAGGAGCCGAAGUAGAUCGAAAGACAUCGGAAGGUCGAGCCGCAUUGUACAUUGCUUCGAAACGUGGCCAUGUUGAAGUGGUCAAGAGCUUGCUCGAGCAUGGAGCAGAUAUCGAAACGAAUCGAAAAAAUGGACGAACAUCUGUCGUCAUUGCGUCCAAAAAAGGAAACGUCGAGGUCGUCAAGUACUUGGGCGGUCGCGGGGCAAACUUGGAGGCGAGUCGAAACGACCGUUGCACCCCGUUGUACUUUGCGGCGAAGAAAGGGCACGUAGAACUGGCGCAAUUCCUCAUUGACAGCAGAGUGGACAUCGAAGCGUCGAGCAUAGAUGGCACGACACCGCUCAUGAUUGCCGCUCAAAAGGGCCAAUAUGCAAUGGUGGAAGUCCUCCUUGAUCGCGGGGCCAACGUCGAAGCUCGCCGAAAAGACGCGUGCACAGCGCUGUAUUUGGCCGCUAAAACGGGGCAAUUACGGAUAGUCAAGCUAUUGCUGGAACAUGGCGCCAACGUCGAUGCUCGGGACACUUGGGAUCACGCCACUAGCAGUCGCAGCGAUUGAAGGUCACCUCGAAGUAGUCAAACAUUUAUUGGCCGUCUCGCACACGUCGUUCACGUCGGCCAACCAGGACGGAUCGACACAAAUUGUAAAUGCCGCCGCGAAAACGUACAGCGACGUGGCUGACGCAAUAGCAGGGCUCGAGAAUCCCGACAAGCAGCUCACGAUGGAUAAGGUCAAGAAGGCAUUUAUGUUUUAACUUUGGGUCGUAUCUGUCUCUGUUGUCGCCAGCCAAUUCUACGUACGGUAUUCAUGCAUGGCACAUCCUAACGUCGCUGUCGCUCGG